AUGGUCCUCGAUACAGCUCACGAGAUCGAGAUCCUCAAGGCGAGUCUGGCUCCGGACGGAUCAGUCUUGGACCGUCCCGCGCUCCGCUGCACGAGUUUCGCUUCACACUGCAACGGUGCACAGUUCAAGCCCCACCUUCAUCUCGCUGACGAGAUCACAAGUGUACUCUUGGGUGCAUAGGACGCGAUCAAGAGCUACGGCACGACCGACAGUUCGGGGCAACCGAGGUGCGCUUACGGGAUCUUGUUCGACAAGACGGCCAAUACACGUACGUAGCCCGCCUUGGGGCUCGAUCCGGAAGGACGAGGUCGAGACGGGGUGCAUAA